UAGUCCCUCAAACACCUUUAAAAAGUAAUGGGACACCUAAAGUGUACCCUACUCAUAGAAAGCGGUGAUUAGCGUCAGCUCCAGACUCCAGUGUGAACUGAUUGAUUGGGAGUGACCUGACGUUUGUCUCUGAGCAGGUGUCCCGCGGCCAACGCUGAGCUGGCACCGCAAGGAGGGUCCGCUGGGCGCCAGCGCUAGUCCUCUCCCGGACGGAUCUCUGCUCCUGAGAAACCUCACACCACCAGACUACGGCACCUACUCCUGCGUGGCUGCCAACAGCAUUGGAAAGUCGGUGGCCUCCAGCCUGCUGCGUGUGGCGGGAGGAGCUGUGGGUGAAUCUGAGCACCAGGUUUCAAAGGAGAUGAAUAGGAAGAGGGUUCUGAUGGCCUCUGUGAUCGGCACCAGCGUCACGGUCAAACCUGGAGAUACCUUGAGGAUAGGUUGCCCGGUGGUCCCCAGUCACAGGAAGCCCAUCAAGUGGUCUUAUCAGAACCAGACCCUAAAGCAGAGUCCAGGCGUGAGCUACCGCAUGCUGGUGGGGGGACGAGCUCUGGAGAUGAACACGCACGGAGGGAGGUUUGACGGACGCUAUGAGUGCCAAACACAAACCAACGACCAGCAGCGUCUCACAGCUUGGAUUCAUGUGCUUUCACAAGGUUAG